AAAAAUAAAAAAAAGGAUUGGAAAUUGCCAUUAUUUUUCUUGAAACGAUGAAAUAAUGAUGAAAUAGACUUUUGUCUUUGUUUUGGGAUUGGCUCAUUCAUUUGAAUCAUUUCUUUAGUGAACUUGUGGAGCGAAAAAUCGCCCCAUUUCGGAGUAUUCAAAAAUGGAGGUCACCAAAUUCAAGAGGCCCCAAUCUUUGCUCGCCAACUACGUCACCAUCAACGACCUCAAGGAGCGCUGGCUCCGAGACCAGGAACGAAAACAGAAGGAGGAAGAAGGACGGCAAGAGGAGAAGAAACGACAGGAAGAGGAGAAAAAACGACGACAAGAGGAGAAGGAACAGCGAGAAGAAGAGCUCCGGCAGCGGAAGCUCCGAGAAGAGGAGGAAAAACGACGACAAGAGGAGAAGGAACGGCGAGAAGAAGAGCUCCAGCAGCGGAAGCUCCGAGAAGAGGAGGCGAAGCAGAAGAAACAAAAGCCGUCGUUUGGAAACCCGAAACCGGUUCCAAGCCUAGGUAUGGUCGUAAUCGGGGACAGUGUCGGCCGGUUAAUCGGAUCGUUUCGGGGCGCGAGGGUACUGUGCUGGAGGGGAAAAAAAGGGAGGAAGAAGAGCCGAAGGAUAACGCCAUCGUUAAGAGAACCGAAGCGGAUGACAAGCCGAAGAAUCGCGGUAAUCGGGCACAGUUUCGGCCGGUUAAUCGGAGCGUUUCGGAAUGUGAGGGUGCUGAGCUGGAGGGAAAAAGAAGCGAGGAAGGAGAGCCGAAGGAAAACGGCGUCGUUUGGAGAACCGGAACCGGUAAUAAUCCGAGAAAUGGGACACAGUUUCGGACGGUGAAUCGAAGUGGCCGGGCGCCCUUGUUGGAGGGGAAAAGAAGCGUGGAAGAAGAGGCGAAGCAAAAUGCCGUAGUCCAAAGAACCCAAACCGAUAACAAGUCCAGGAAUGGGAGUGAUAGGGGACAGUUUCGGCCGGUUAAUAGGGGUGGUCGGGCACCCUCGCUGGAGGGGAAAAGAAGCGAGAAAGAAGAGCUCAAGCAAAACGCUCUUGUUCAGAGAACCGAAACCGCUAACAAGCCCAGGAACCCAAGUGAUCGGGGACAGCUUCGGCUUGUUAAUCGGGGUGAUCAGGGUACCCUCGCUGGAGGGGAAAAGAAGCGAGCAAGACGAGCUGAAGCAAACUGCCGUCGUUCAGGGAACCAAAAUCGAUAACAAGCCGAGGAAUCGAAGUGAAUGGGCACAGUAUCGGCCUGUUAAUCGGGGCGAUCGGGCACCCUCGCUGGAGGGGAAAAGAAGCGAGCAAGAAGAGCUGAAGCAAAACGCCCUUGUUCAGAGAACCAAAAUCGAUAACAAGCCGAGGAACGGGGGUCGUCGGGCACAGUUUCGGCCGGUUAAUCGUGGUGGCUCGGAGCGUGAGGCUGCUGAGCUGGAGGGGAAUGGAAGCGAGGAAGAACAGCCGAAGCAAAGCGACGUCGUUCAGAGAACCGAAACCGAUAUCAAGCCGUGGAAUCGGAGUGAUCGGGGGCAGUUUCGGCCGGUUAAUCUGGGGGUUUCGGAGCUCGAGGUCGCUGAGCUGGAGGGGAAGAAAAUCGAGAAACCAGAGGAGAAGAAGAAAAGGAAGAAGAAGAAGAAGCAGAAGGGUAACAGGAAGUGGAAGAAGAAUGCUAGGGAAGAGAAGGAGGAGGUGACUGAGAAGGAAGGUGGAGUGGAUGCGCAUACAGCAAGUGCCGAGAAGGAAAGCGAUCGGGCGACUGGAAGGUAGAAAAGGGAGUAGGAAUAGAAAUUGAAACUGAAAUUAGGGCAAAGAGCGUGAAUGUGGGUCCGGUGACGGAGAUGGUGCCCAAAUUUGGGGGUUUAUCGGUGGAUGGUGAGGCCGGAAAGGGGAUGAUCAGCUGAGGAGGUGGACUGGAGCUGGUGGCCGCGGUAAUGGUGAAAUUAGGGGCUAUGGUAAGAGAGAUGGCCGCUUUGAUUUGCAGAGACAGAGAGGAUCUGGGUUUAGGGUUUGGGUUAAGAAAGGGGAGGUUGCUGACGGCAAUGGAGGCGGAGUUUAGAGCUUGGAGGGGAGUGAUGCUGUUUCUGCUUUAAGAAUAAGGGUACAAAUAUUUCUUGUCGGAUUGAAGGAAUUUGGAAUAAUAUACUUGUCGGAACAAUGUCUAUCGAAUGAAGUAUUGGAACAUCGACAACCAUAUAUAGCUUACAUGGAUCAAGCAAUAUAUCAAUAAAGAUUGCUCUGCAGGUCCGAGUGGAACAUGUUUGAAUGCAAGUUCACUGAAGUUGGCUGGGAGACGAGAAAGAAUUAUCCAACACAGAGCGGGCGAAACAGAUCUGAACCGGAACUUGUCACGCUGAUGCAGUGGUUUGGUUGAUGACUUGUAAAUGCACCGGAAAACAUUCAUAUUUCGGUUUGUUGAUUGAUCUAAUCAUUAUCCGGGUACUUUUACUUGAUUAUUGAUCGUGAUUUUGGGUGGAACUAAUCGUGAUCUCGGCAUUUGAAUUUCAUAUAUGAAAAGAUGGUGAUGUUCUGUUAUCAAAAUGUGUUGGUGUAAGACUUUCAUUAAAAUCUCCAUGUUUUCUAUGCUCU